AUUUAAGACAGGUCCCUGCGUCAACUCGUCCCUGAUGAGGCCAACUUCCCGGAAGCUGAGGCUGAUUGGAUCGCUAGCAGGGCUCAGAACUGAGGCGAGGUAGUACCACCUUUUUCGCGCUCAGUACUCGUGCAGAGAUAUCUAUAGAACACACUUAUGGAGAUGUACGGAGGGAGCUGAAUAUACAGAACUGGGUUGAGAAGAAUCAGUGCUUAAGUUCCCUGCAUCCAGCUGGCAACUGUAGAGCCCUCCACUGAGAAGGGAAUACUAAACCCCAUUGAGAAAGAAGGAGGCAAUGGCAGCUUCCUGUCUUGUCCUGCACACUGGGCAGAAGAUGCCCCUGAUUGGACUGGGCACCUGGAAGAGCAGCCCUGGCCAAGUAAAAGCAGCUAUUAAGUAUGCCCUGAGUAUAGGCUACCGCCACAUUGACUGUGCUGCUAUCUAUGGCAAUGAGCCUGAGAUUGGGGAGGCCUUGAAGGAGAACGUGGGACCUGGCAAGGCAGUGUCUCGGGAGGAGCUGUUUGUGACUUCCAAGCUAUGGAACACUAAGCACCACCCCGAGGAUGUGGAACCUGCCCUCCGGAAGACGCUGGCUGACCUCCAACUGGAGUAUUUGGACCUGUACCUGAUACACUGGCCUUAUGCCUUUGAGCGGGGAGAUGACCCAUUCCCUAAGAAUGCUGAUGGGACUCUCCGCUAUGACUUCAUUGACUACAAGGAGACCUGGAAAGCUCUGGAGGCACUGGUGGCGAAGGGGUUGGUGCGGGCACUGGGCCUGUCCAACUUCAGCAGUCGGCAGAUCGAUGACCUGCUCAGUGUGGCCUCUGUGCGCCCAGCUGUCCUGCAGGUGGAAUGCCACCCAUAUCUAGCUCAAAAGGAGCUGAUUGCCCACUGCCAAGCACGUGGCCUGAAGGUGACUGCUUAUAGCCCCCUGGGCUCUCCUGAUCGUGCUUGGCAUAAUCCUGAUGAGCCUGUCCUGCUUGAGGAGCCGGUGGUCCUGGCACUGGCUGAAAAGUAUGGCCGGUCUGCAGCUCAGAUCUUGCUCAGGUGGCAGGUCCAGCGAGAAGUGAUCACCAUCCCUAAGAGUAUCACACCUUCCCGUAUCCUUGAGAACAUCCAGGUUUUUGACUUCACCUUUACCCCAGAAGAGAUGAAGCAGCUAGAUUCCCUGAACAAAAAUUGGCGAUACAUCGUGCCCCUGCUUACGGUGGAUGGGAAGAGGGUCCCAAGAGAUGCAGGGCACCCUCUUUACCCCUUUAAUGACCCGUACUGAAACCACAGCUUCCUUUCCAGCUCUCCAGCUACACGGUUCUGCCACCCCCAGAAAAAGCGAGUUAAUAAAGCCAUUGGAAUA